CAAUGAGUGCUGCGAACCUCCGUAGCUGCCGAUUGUUCACUCCGGCGAUCGCCGGGGGGAACCGGACAUCCUUCCGUUGAAUCUCCCCGCCCCUCCGACUCAAUCCUGCUGCUAUUUGGAACUGAAAGACUCAUCACACUUUUGCAGUGGGGUCAUUUUGAUUUUCUUCGUAUUUUCCUUUCCCUCAUCGGCGUUUUCGUUCAUCAGCUUGAUAACCGGAUUCGAACAUCAGCCAUAGUAACUUGAUCUGGGGCCUUUCAUGACAGUGCGAAUCACAAUCCCAAUACAAUCCUAAUACAAUCCCACAAUGCCCUUCUUCCCUUACACCGGCCCAAGGCGCCCGCCAGACUCCCAUCAUUGGGCACGUGUAGGACGCCAGUUCCGGUUCCCAAGACUCGUUCAUGAUUUCCUUGCCACCGCCAUGCUCCCGGGCCGAGAAACGCAAAGAUGAUUCUGAUUAAUUCUGAUAACCUGGUUUUGCUCACCUGCCAUCAGCCAUAGCGCCCCUUUGUCUCAAGAUCUCUCGCUCAAGGUACGCCAGAGUUAUAGGAGGCGCCCUCUUUCGGCCCAUACCAAACACGGUUGUUUCUUUCAAUAAAAGCUUCAUAAAGCCAUCUCGCAGCUUUGCACUGGGCAAAAAGUCGGCCAUGUUUUGCAAUGGAAGAGCAUGUCAGCUCACUCAGGACAAAGCCACAAAGCUCGUCUGCAGUGGAUUCAUGUGAAGGGCAGUCUGAUGGCCUCUCAAGCCGCAAGUUGAAGACUUGAGCCCUGGAGCUUACAGUGAAGGCAGUGGUCCCGUCCGAUUCUCUGCUCACUGCCCUCGUCCAGCCCUCCGUCCAGUCCUCCGUCCAGUUCAGUGCCCCGUCCAGUGCCCCGUCUCAUUUCCCGUUCCCAAAUGUCAGCCAAGUACUAAAUGAAACAUAGGGCUCAGAAGCUGGAAACAGGAAGCCACGACGGUAGGCUUGGUGUUUUGAAGAGGAAAGACCGAACCUGCCCAAUGGAACGCCUUCUGGGAUCAUAGCCAGGUGGUUUCGCUCGCUUAUUGUUGUUUUCUUUUCCGCACUUCCUUGAUCUCGCCACGCGUCGCUUCCCCCGAAAUCGCCAUUCGCCGCCAAUAUCGUGAGACUCAACUACGGCAGCUGGUUGCCAGCAUUGGCAAUAGCUGGCGUCCAAUUCUCGCUUCUCGAUUCCGGUUCAAGGUACUUCGCGUUCAGACGGCAACUUUACCUGGGAAACUGCUUUCUGACCGUCACCAGUUUCCUUAACCGACCGAGCCUGGUAAGGUUGCCAUCUUCGAACCUGCAAGGUCAACCGUCUUGACGCCAUCGCAGAACUCGUUGCGUCUCGUACCCCUUCACGUUUCAAAAAGCAAUCCAAUCUCCUUCCUCUCAUAGUCUCUUUUCGUUUCAUCAUCUUUUCGGGACGCUUGUCGUCCAUUACACUCCUUUACCCCCCGGUGAACACUCCUCAUGCAUCAUGAAGAAGAAAUCCAUGAAUACCCUCGCCAAUCUGGCGUCUCGUCGCCGCGAUAAGGGUAGCGAGAAGAACAAGGACGCAGAAGCCAAAGUGGCAGCGCUUCCCUCGUUGCCUGCGAGCACCAGCACAUUGGGACCUCCCAUGAGCGCCCCUGCAUUGACAGGCAACCAAGAUCAAACUGUCGACCGCUUGGCUAGCGAGCUCUUGGAAAGCACCAUAUACAACCAUCCAAACGGCCUCCGGAGCCAUCCUUCGGUUUUCCUCUGUGCUACGGAGCCAAUGGUGUUCUCUUCUUACUCCUCGGGACAGAUGUCCAAGAUGGCUCCUAGCUCUCACGAUCUCAAUAUUGAUCUUCCGUCAGACCAGAACGAUGCCCAGUCUUAUGCCCAAACCCCCUCGGCAGAUCACCCUAAGCCCGGCAUCCCUCGCAAGUCUUCACGUCGGCGACGAGGCAAACGCGCGAAUAACGUCCACGCGGAGACUCGCCCCGCGAACCAUCCCUUCCCACAGUCGAAAACUACAAUGCUUGAUGUUGGCAACAGACAUGGAGUUCUCUUGUCCGGUUCGACGACGGCUCCACUCGGCGGAACGGUCAAGCAGGCUGCUGGUCGGAUGCCUAGCAUCACCCCUGAUACUGCCAACCUCAAUUUGGUGAACGACAAAGUCGCUGCGAUGCUGGCUGCCACUGAGGCUCUGAAACCUCGCGACUCUCAGGAGAGCACCCCGAAGACCCCAAAACCUCCACGAAAUCGUUGCAAGAAGGUUAUGUCCAAAGUUCGCCAGGCGUUUGACAUUUUCCAGUCAAAGCCGAAGACUCCUGAGUCCAAGAUCAGAGGCAAGAUCUCGGCACCAGUUGCUCUCACGACCUGCGACUUGCCCAACCCAGCGGCGCAUUACCAUCUGGAAAAGGUUGAGGAGGCUUCUCCUGCCGAUUCCGUCGAUCUCGGCGUAACCGAUGACUACAAUACGAUUGGCAGCCGCAAGAUGAAGAAGUCACAAACGAUCAUCGGAGGAUGUAUCCUCCGAAAGCCUGAUUCUAAGGACGGGAGCGCCGCAUCCUUUGACGACCCUUUUUCCGAGGCAUACGAGAUCAUCCGUACCCCCACUCCCUUCGAGCAUCGAUUGAAAAUCAGCAGGGACUCGACGGAUGAUAUACCGCCGGUCCCGGCCCUCAAUCCCUUCGCAUCCGAGCGAAACUUCGAUGCCGAUCUCGAGGGGAUUCUUUCCGAGAAGCCCCUCUGCGCUUCCACCCCUCGCACCCGUACUGACCGCAAAGCUGUUGCUCACGAUAGUCCUUCAAAGAGAUACACCAAGGGAUGCGAUCGCCAUCUAGCUACCCUGAAAGAGGCGGAGAGCAGCACUGGUGCUCGUGCCAUUGCCCCGCGGAAGCUGAAACUAAGUGGCGGCUUGAGACUGUUCAGCGACCAGCCCGAGUUGAACGUGAAGAAGCACCCGUCUCCCAGCAAGGCGGACCUAAACGAUUUGGAGACUCGGUUCCGUGCUUAUGCGAUUGAUCAGAUCAAGAAAGCGCCGGUCGAAGAGCGCGAGGCACUGGAGAUCAAGUUCGCGGGUCUCAUCGGACCCAAUGCGCUGACCCCACGCGACAAGAACAUUCCGAUGAAGCCGUGCGCCUCCAAGUAUACCGCAGACGAGUCCAGUGCCAUGGCGGAGCGUCAGUACACUCGAGAAUCCUCGGGUUUGUCGUCCACGCAAUCUCGCAUUCCUCGCCCUGUCGGGCCGACGGCUAUCAGAGUUCCAUACGCUCCUCGAUUCGCACCUCAGCGCCAGCCGACCAACUUCGACGCUUUGGAGAUUGACGAGCUUCAGUAGGAUGUUUCCGUUGACUCUCCUCGCCCGCGUCGUCAUUGAGAUAUGAACAUGGACGUUUGCGAAAGAAGAUUGUCACUUGGUUUUCUUCUGGUUUGUUGAGAUCAAAAUUCAACAUGGUAUGCAAGGGAAGGCUUAUCGGGCAAUCUCCUUUGCCCAACUCUCGGCUGCCUUCGCGGGAGCAAGACAGUAUCUGGGAACAUAUCCACUUGAGGCUGGUCGGCAUACAGCAAACGCGACUAUCACCCUUCUUUCCGACGACUACGCUCAACUACGAGCUAUGGCACGGCUUUUCCCUGGGUUCAGCACGCAUCUCGUCACCCAUCUCUGUUGAGUAUUUCAGCAGUUUGACAACGGGUACAUCUACCAACCGUCGCAAGUCUAGCAUCGCCACCAAUUUGUAAGUGUACAGGCAAUUUCAACGAACGCCCCUGCGCAUCACAUCGCGCACUUUUCCUUACUUUUCAGGCUUGCCGUCGGCGAUACGGCCCCUUGAGAAUGCACAGCCGUAAUACAAGCCCUGCUGCACCUAAGCACAGGCACAUGGUUGCCUUGCAUUCUCUGGUUUACGGGUUUUUUUCUCACUCAAAUUGUUUCUCUUUGAGCCUAGGGCAAGCGGGAAUGGAAUUGGAUGGAUCAAUAUUCGACCACCCACCCCAUUCCCUA